UUUGGCUCCCGGCGUAAUCUGACCCCAGAACUCGGCUCUUUAAAGGAAUAAAGGAUGAAUUUACUGAAUGGAGUUCCGCUGCAACGUCUGCUGAGUUCAGAGCAGGGACGAAAGCACUAAAAGAUGCCGCUAUAGGAGAAUGAAAGUUUUGGAGGAGAAACUGUUGCUAGCGUUUACGAACUUUGGAGGCGUAACGUUUAGCGCAGCGGUGUGAUGUGAUGUGAUCUACCGGCUUUGAAAACAUUAAAGUAAAAACUCGGGCGGUCAAGAGAAGGACAGUCAAGGUUGUCAGACUGGCACACUGGCACAGAUGGCAGAGGUGAUGGAGGGCAUAGCCACGGCAGCAGUGCCCAACUCCAGUGUGGACUGGCAGAAGCGAUGCAUCGCUCUGGAGACGCAGCUUAUGAGGUUUCGUCUGCAAGCGGGAAAUAUCCGCCACCUACUUGCUGAGAGGAUGCAGGAGUUGGAACAGAGAGUGAUAGAGGCUGACCAGCGGGCAGAGAACGCGGAAAAACAGGUCCACAUUAUGGAGGAGAAACUGAAGUCUGCAAACAUGCAGCCCAGCGAAUCGGAAAACUCCUUGUACAGGCGUUAUCAAGAGUUGAGCAGUCAAACGCAGGAGAAAGAUAUGAUCAUAAAGAGUCUCGAAGGACAGCUGGAGAAGCAGAACUUGGUUCGAGCCCAAGAGGCCAAGAUUAUUGAAGAGAAGGCUGCCAAAAUCAAAGACUGGGUCACGUUUAAGUUGCGAGAGAUGGAAACAGAAAACCAGCAGUUGAAAAAGGCAAACCUGAAGCAGGCUGAGCAGAUCCUCAUACUGCAAGACAAGCUUCAGACUCUUCUCGAGAGGCCCUUGUCUCCAGCAGUGGAUGUCCACCUGGUCCCCUCCAGCCCACUCCACCCUCCCAGCUGCCCCGGGACACCCCCUGCCCAAGAGGAGGGCUGGAGAUUGACAGGAUCUCGCAUAGCCAAUUCUACAGAAAGCAAAAGGAAAAUCACAGAGGGUUGUGAUUCUGCUUUUCAUAGUGCAUCCUUACUUCCAACAUUACAAGACAAAGGAGACUCUCAUAAGUCUAGUCAAGAUGGUGUUGACACCACAACCUCGGGAAAGGAGACUGGAGAGGGGGCGGAGCCUUCUUUUGGAGUGCCAUGUGAGAGAGAAGUGGGAGGAGCCUCAGACAGAGAUCACUCUUCUGAUGAGCUCAACAGCAAAUUUCGUUCCCAGCGCCUCCGCUCAUCUUCCUCAUCCUCUUCCUCGUCCACUUCAGCGUAUGAGACUCCUGGCCCUCCUCCUGUGUCCCUCUCACCCCCAUUAGUACGCCUCCCUCUGUUGUGCCCCUUCCCUCUGGCUUUACCCUUGGGCACCAGCAUGACCCUGCCCAAAGUUCGCACUCCUCUAACCCCCCGUGACAGCAUCCAACUUGUGAAGAAACACCACAGUCAGCCGCAACCCGGCAUAGAGCGCCUCCAUCAGGUCAACGUCAACAUUGAUAUCGGAAGCUGCACCUCUCCAUCCUGCAACAGUCUGGCCCCGGGUUCAGUUCCCACACAUGGGUUAGAAGAGACGGACAUUGAUGAAGGGCAGCCUGAGCGAAUGGAGGGAUUGGUGGAGGGGUCAGAGAUGGAUGCUCAGGCUACUGAUGGAGGCUUAUUCCAAGGGUUGGCUAAAGAGUUUGAGAUGAUGGACCCAGAAGCUCUUAAACCGCCUACACCACCUCUGCACCGAUUUCCCUCUUGGGAGAGCCGGAUCUAUGCGGUAGCUAAAUCAGGAAUGAGAGUCUCAGAGGCCUGCCUUGGAGUCAAGACUCUUGGGAGAGUAUCCACCCAAACUCAGCACUCGACAACUGGCCCCUUCACCCACCUCAUUUACAAGAACAUCAGUGUGCCUGUGUACUCCACAUUUAAAGGGAAGGCAACUCAGAUCAGCAAUGUCCCUCUCCCGGAUGAUGACUCUGGUUCAGAAGACGACAGCAGCUCAUUGGCCAGCUUGCACACGUCCACACUGGGGCCAGAUAAAAAGGGCAGUACCCCUGGCAGCCCUCGGGCUGUCAAAAGAGGUGUUUCUAUGUCCUCCAUCAGUUCAGAGAGUGACUAUGCCAUUCCUCCGGAUGCGUACUCGCUGGACAGCGACUGCUCAGAACCCGAGCACAAGGUUCAGCGCACCUCCUCCUACUCCUGUGAGAGUGUCGGGCAGGAGACUCUAGAAAAGACAGGUUACUUGCUGAAAAUGGGCAGUCAGGUGAAGGCAUGGAAGAGGCGCUGGUUCAUUCUGAAGAACGGGGAGAUCUUGUACUACAAGUCGCCGAGUGACGUGAUCCGGAAACCUCAAGGCCAAAUGGAGCUGAACUCCUCGUGUCAUAUAGCCCGCGGAGAGGGAGCUCAGACAUUCCAGUUGAUUACAGAGAAGAAGACCUUUUUCUUGGCUGCAGACUCUCCAAAUAUCCUGGAGGACUGGAUCCGAGUUCUCCAGAAUGUUCUCAAGGUCCAGGCCAGUGGACCGGUGUCCAUGGAUAAAGAUUUCAAGGCCACUGUGCGAGGCUGGCUAACUAAGGUGAAACAUGGUCAUUCAAAACUUGUUUGGUGUGCUUUGAUUGGGAAAGUCUUCUACUACUACCGUAACCUGGAUGACAAGUUCCCACUGGGUCAGCUCCGUGUUCGGGAAGCGCGUGUGGAAGAAGUGGAUAGAUCGUGUGAUUCGGACGAAGAUUAUGAAGCAGGUGGGCGGGGCUUCCUCUCCUCUCACUUUACGUUAGUGGUCCAUCCUAAAGAGCAAAGCCCUACCUACCUGCUUGUCGGCACUAAACAAGAAAAGGACACCUGGCUGUACCACCUGACUGUCGCGGCGGGCAGUUGUGCCAGCCUGAGGGUGGGCACCGAGUACGAGCAGCUGAUUGGCAAGCUGUUGGAUGUCGAUGGAGACCCAGACUCUGCUCACUGGAAACGUGAAGUGCUGUGCUUCAGUAAGGAGGGUCUGCGCUACCCCCUCACCACGCUGCCCUCCGAGGCACUUCAAACCGAAGCUCUCAAGCUCUUUAAGUCUUGCCAGCUUUUCAUCAAUGUGCUGGUGGAGUCUCCCUCAAUUGACUACCACACCUCGCUGGCCCAGAAUGCACUGCAGGUGUGCCUAACACAUCCAGAGCUGCAGAAUGAAAUGUACUGUCAGCUGAUCAAACAGACCAACUGCCGCACUCCUCACAACUAUGCCCUCACACAGUGCUGGCAGCUGCUGUCAUUGUGUGUGGCUCUCUUCCUGCCUCAGCAUCAUUUCCUGUGGUACCUGAGACAGUACCUGCAGCAGAACGCAGAUCCCAGGACGGAAGUGGGGAAGUAUGCUGUGUACUGCCAGCGCUCAGUAGAGAGAACUUUACAGAAUGGAGAGAGAGAAGCAAAGCCUUCGCGGAUGGAAAUUCUAUCUAUUCUGUUGAGAAACCCCUAUCAUCACUCUCUACCCUUCAGCAUACCUGUACACUUCAUGAACAACACGUAUGAGGUUGUAGGUUUUGAUGGUUCGACCACAGUGCAGGAGUUCCUGAACACAGUGAACCAGAGGGCAGGCAUGAGGAAACCACAGAUUUCAGGCUUUGCUCUCUUCACUGAUGACCCAUCUGGCAAAGACCUGGAGCACUGCCUGCAGCCCAUUAAUAAAAUUUGUGAUGUGAUCUCCAAGUGGGAACAGGCACUAAAAGAACUUCAUCCUGGAAAAUAUGAAGGAACACGAAUUGUCCGUCUCACUUAUAAAAGCAGGCUGUGUUUCCGAGCUCAGGCUAAGGGGGAAACUGAGCGAGAGCGCCUUCUGCUGGCCUAUCAAGUAAAUGACGAGGUACAACAAGGGCAUUUCCCUGUCAGUAAGGAACUGGCCCUGGAAGUGGCUGCGCUGAUGGCACAGGUCGAGCAUGGUGACCUAGACCGGCCGGCAAUGUCUCCCGCUGGUUCUCCUCAGCCGAAGACCCAACAGGUCCUUCUGCAGGUACUGGAGCGUUUUUACCCCAAACGCUACAAGCUAGAAUGCAGCAUUGAACAGCUCAGGGACCUCGGUGAGCGUUUGGCCACUAAGUGGUCUGUCCUGGGUGGGUGCACAGCCUCCGAAUGUGUGAGAAUCUAUCUGACCGUGGCCCGCAAGUGGCCUCUGUUUGGGGCCAAGCUGUUCAGUGCCAAGCCAUUGCCUCCCUCUUCAUUGGAUCAAACUCAGGUGUGGCUGGCUGUUAAUGAAGAUGGGCUGAGUGUCCUGGACUACACAAUGCACCCAUUGGCCACAUAUCCAUACCAGUCCGUGAUCACCUUCGGAGGCUGCAAGGAAGAUUUCAUGCUAGUAAUCAGCCAGAUUAAAGACCAGGCUUUGGGCAAGAAGACUGUGGAUAAACUUUUAUUUGCACUGGCUAAACCAAAGAUCCUGGAACUGACUCUCCUCAUGGCUAGUUAUAUUAACUACUGGACCUCCAGCUUACCAGGGGCCGGUAACCAGACUCAAGGCUCAGUGAUGGGGCCUCAAAGAGACCGGAAGCUCUGGGACAUCGACAGCCGACACUUCCCCUCAAUGACAUACACAACCAAAGGCCCCACUCUCCUUUAAAACCUCAGUCUCCAGGUGUCUGGACACAUCGCAUGGUCCGCAUACACAAACAAAAACACAUUUUGGGAAACUUUAGAUGAUUACAUUUGGGAUACAGUUCAAACUUUUUGUGUUUGAAGGUUCAAACGAUAAACUGGAAGAAAAAAGUUAUUUAUUGUGCGAAACGGUCAACUACUUGCACACUGUUCGUAGUCCAAAUACAAAAAAUAAACACAUCACAAAGUGGGUUUUCGUAGUAACCCACCCUGAGAAGAUCACCCACCGAGUCGGAGUAGAUCCAAGAGUAUUUUAUUCUUGAGUGCAAAAAGAUUGGCUCUCAUUUUUAAGGAAUUAGAGCUUUUAAACUGGACGUCCAGUUAAAGACAUGGUUUGACUUUUUCACUUGCGCGUAACAUGAUUUUGUUUCAUCUAUGUCUUUGUUUGAAUUUUCUAUUGUUUAGUUAGUUUUAUGUUUAUGUUUGUUCAGGACAUUUCCCACUGUUUAACGGUACAUUAAUUAAUGGUACCAUCAGUCAUAUACAGUUUGUACCAUCAAGUUUAUACAGUGAAUACUUCAUCAGGAUGUGUAGAAACAGAUCAUCUCUAUUAUUAGCACAUAUGUGGAAACUAGCUAAACCAGUAUAGAAAGGACAGUCUUAUGUGGUACAAAACUCAACAGUGGUACUGUUAGUGUGUCUAAUGGUAGUGUAACAGGGUUGAUGAGUUCCUUUCACUUAUCCAAACAGGAAGUGACAUCAUCAGCAUCUCAUCAGCAAGUUACAGAGUCUGGGCUAAAAGUUUUAGUUUAUGCUCUCAUAUUGCGUGCCAUGCACUACCAAACAUAAUGCUUCAUCUGAGCCAAUGUGUUUUCAUCAGUGACGAGUUUCAUGCAAUACAGUAGUUGCAAAAGGCACACACAUAUUUCAUAUUUACUUCUACUAGCCAUAGUCUUGCCUUUUGUUAAGAGAAAAAAAUCGAUGCACACCACACACAUUUCACAACAUUACGUUAAUAUGUGCAGGAUCAUGUAUUUUCGUGAAGUUUGUAGCUUGAGAAUGGUCAUAAAUAAUUAUAUUAUGAUAUCCAGUGCUGGGUGGAUUACUAACCAAUUUGUAUUUCAUUUCUGACUCCAAACAUUACAUUACACAUUUAAGGUAAUACAAUCUGACUACUUUUUGAUCACAUUGAUUUAAAUAGGAUAAUAUUGCACCAUAUUGAUAUUAAAAUACAAAGAGAAAGAAAAUAUAUUCCAUUCUUUGUUAUGAACAACAUUAAACAUUACAUAACGUCAGGGUUUCCCAAACGGGUUUGUGAAGGAACUGCAGGGGGCUUGUGAGUUUAUUGAAAAGAUAAUAAUUAAAUAAAUAAUAAAAUGUCAAAUUAAAAUAAAUAAUAAAAAAAAAAUCUAAUAAUAAACAUGUGUUAAAAAAUCCUUUCAAAUACAUAGCAGAAUGGUUAAAUGACUUUCGGAGUGAUAAUUCAAAUAAUACAUUUUUAGUCUGCUUAUGAGUAUUUUAAAAUGUAAUCUAAUUACAAGUACUUAAUCUGGAUUACAUGAUCAGAUUCCAAAAAUUAUGUGGUUAGUUACUACCCAGCACUGAUGAUAUCAUUAUGACAUGUGACAUUUUUUUUUAUAUGCAGAUUUGAAAAAAUAUGAAAUCGUAGCAGUUACUACAAAGUGGAAAAACAUUGCAUGCUUUCAACCAUAGAAAAUUCUUUCAUUUUCUUUUUUCCACCAUAAAUCAUAAAACUUAACCACAAAUAUAAGUGUUAUCUACAUUGUAAAAGAGAAAAAUGCAAAGAAUUAUCAAGAGUGUUUCAGAAAUUAAUAAUUGAAGACACACUGUACCCAUAAUAUGGCAGAUUCUGAAAGAUUUGAGGGUGUGGGUUUUGAAAAAGCUGUAAUAAUGAUAUGACUUGAAUUAUUCUUUGAAUCAAACCACUUUCUCUGAAUUUUGAAUAUUUAUUUUGUCAUUUAAAAAAAAAAUCAUUUUUGGUCUAACCAACUUGUUUUCUUUAGUCAGACUUGUCUAGAAACUUUAGUGUUCCAAGCAGCCAAUUGGAGACAACGUCACUUUUGUCAUUGUUAAGAUUCGAGGCGGAAAAUGUGGCAGUACAGUCAUUCAGAAGUGAUGCUGUGAGAGCUUUAGAUUUUAUAUGCAUAGAGAUUGUUAUAAAUAAAAAGUUAAUUGUGC